GCUGUCUGCGCAGACGCGGAAAACUCAGUUAACCUUGCGUGGAGCCACCCGAGACCCAAGGAAAAGCAGGGAGACAGGCGACGGCUACGGGAGAGAAUUAGGAAUAUAUGGUUUGCGAAAGGAACCCUGUCCUUCGACUCUCUCAGGCCUCACAGAACCUUACGGGAAAGGAACUUGAAUUUUUAGAUCAUUCGGAUAUCUUAACCUUGGGAGGGGGUUCCUAAGACGAUUUUCAAACAGAGGAAAAUAAUAUUCCGUCUUAGUGGUACGGUCCAGCUGAUUUAACCAAUAAAAAAAGCUUAUUAUAUAUUCCUGAGUAGAAAAAGACGCUACGGUCUACGCUGGCUGAAUUGUAACUCGGGACGACUUCAUCCGCUUGCGCGGAAAUCGCGAGGAACAAGAAUAAGGCGAUCGCCCUGGCGUGCCGAAAUGCGUCUGAUUUAGAUAGACCUCCCACCCGCUCAAUCACUAGUUAGCUUUCUUUAGAUUGGCAUAUGCUGACAACCAAUAAGCUGAGGGGUGAUGCCUUGCCGAAGAAGGCGGGAAGUUGUGAAAGUGAGAGCCAAUAAGAAUUCAGGCAGGCAUAACCAAUAGCUUCUUGCGAUCUGGAAAGCUUCCGCCAAUAGGGGCUUCCGCGGGACUGGGGAUCGAAAGCGGAGCGUUUACAGGAGCGUUGCAGUUGCUGGGAGAGGGUUGCUAGGAGAAGGUCGGGACGUAUUUUUCUGUGAGCAGGUGCACGUGGGGAUCGUUUCCCUGUCCUGCACUCUUGGUCCGCUCCCAUAGUGACCCCUCCUCUGGCAGAGUCCCAAGAGGGUCUGUAGUCUUCGCAGCACCCCGCUCCACUGGGCCUUGUCUCCGACUCCCGUUUAAUCCUUGUGCAAGCCUCACCUAGUAAACGUAGGCCUUUUCUCUGUCUCCCCUCGGCUUUGCUUCCCGCAUAGUUUUUUAUGGUGAAGGCCAGUGCAGGCCAUGGUGAAGUUAGCUGCCAAAUGCGUCGUGGCAGGUGAUUCAACUGUGGGCAAGAGUGCCUUGAUCCAGAUGUUCUGCAAUGAGGGGGCUCAUUUCCAGAAAAACUAUACUUUGACAGCAGGAGUAGAACUACUGGUGAAGACCAUACCUAUUCCAGAGACAAGUGAUAGUGUGGAACUCUUCCUCUUUGAUUCAGCAGGCAAAGAACUCUUUUCUGAGAUGCUGGAGAAAUUGUGGAAACAGCACAAUGCCCUGUGUAUUGUGUAUGAUGUCACCAAUGAGCAAUCUUUCAAUAACUGUGCCAAGUGGCUAGAGAGACUGAGGACCCAUAACUCUGGAAUGCACAUUCCAGGUGUGUUAGUGGGCAAUAAGAUUGAUUUAAUUGACAGAAGGGUUGUGGAACAAAACAAAGCACAAGAAUGGGCAGAAAACAAUGGCCUAGAGUACUGCGAGAUGUCAGUAAAAGACAUGGAAAACUUUGAAGCCCCUUUUCAUCUUAUUGCAAAUUCCUUUCACCGACUGUACAAAGAGCGGGUGGAAACCUUUCACUCACUUGUGUGAGAUCCCUCUGAGUGUAAUAUACUUAACUUGCUUCUUUUUCUUGAGCCUGGUAAUAAUCAAAAGUUUAACAAUCAAAGACUAAAAAUCAUAUGAGAGUAGAAGUUAAGCUUUGUUGUUUAAAUAUAAUUUGCUUUCUAGUAAUUGUGAGCCAAAUUAAACUUACAUAAAGAGACUUACUUUGGCUGUAACUUCACAUUCAUCUGUUUAUAAUCUGUCCUGUAUCAUACAUUUUUAAUUGGAUGUUGUUAUUUUUGCAUGAUUCCACUGUUUACAUAAUGUGAAAGCAAGUAUAAUGUAACCAUCAAGAGAAAUUUCAAGAAAUAAAACAUAAUCUAUAAAAUUAACGUGCAA